AUGGCCCCAGAAGCUCCGAGCAACAUCCGCGUAUUUAUACGCUGGCACGAUCAGACUGUCUUCGCCGGCGAGGAAGUCAAAUGUACCGUUACUUUUAAGAACGUAGCGCCCGCUCCAGGCCAGUCGAAACCGCCGCCGCAGCAGUCAGAACGAAGUCGACUGGCCUCGCCCUUACAUACCCGACCCAAGUCGAAUCAAGGCUUAACCCCACCGCCAUCAGCAUCCUCAGGUAGAGGACACCGCCGCUCUGCUCUCUCGUUAAGUGUUCCUGCGACUCAAUCACAUAGCCGCAGAGGCUCAGUUCAAUGGCCUUCAUCACCAAGUACAAGCGAUCGCGGUUCGGGGCACUCCCACAAGCGCUCCGUUUCCAUCGUCUCAAUCGGAUCCAAUAAUACUGUCGAGGACCACACACAACGCAAUGAUCUCCCAGCUCGACCUCAAAGACCGCAUCGCGGCCACGGGCGCGCUUCAAGUCUACAAAUACUUCCUCGAGCCCAGGGUCACCUACCCACUGGGCCUCAUUCUGCAUCCUUCUCUCCUCACCGUCUUUCAAGCUCUCCAUUAUUUCACGCUUCAUACCCUCCGCCUGAUCGAUUUGGCCGAAUAUCUCGCUCGCCGACAAACUCUCAGAAUCCAAUUGCACCAGGCCAGCGAAGAGCAUCUCCAUUGGGAUCGCCGUCAGAAAACCCAAUGCCAGAAUUCCGCUUCCCUGCCGCGCCUCCACCUACUCGAGAGGAAGCCCCGCCGUUAUCUAGAAGAUCAACGAACGAGAAUAUGCUCAGUCCCAAGAAUGCUGUAGGUGAUUCUGGUUUGCCGGUUCGCCCUAAGGAUGGCGUUCCUACUAUCAACGAACAAGUUGCCCCUGCACCCGCAGCCCGCAUUUUGGCAAGCAGUGGGGUCUUGGGGGGAACACCACGAAGCAGCGGAGAGUUUUACUCGGUCAGCAAUAACUCGUCAGAAACUCUGGUUUCAGAAUAUGUGACACAACCACCUAAUCGGCAUGCACGACCACUGCGAAGAAGUCUCGGUAUGACUGCGGCGCAAACGAGAGCACCCGAAUCGCUUAUGAUGGGCUAUGCUCAAUUGCACGGCUCUUUCUCAUUAGACGGAUCAUUAGUCAGUCUCACACAAUUCGAUCAAGUCAAAAAGAAGGGUAUCGUUGGGCAGGGAGGCGGUGUCGUUGGGCUCGAAUCUAAACGCGACAGCAGCCUACUGGGAGGAUUCGGAUGGGGUCGUAUCAGCAGCUCACUCGGCGACUUUUUGGGUGGAGGAGAGCUUAGCACCAUCAAAGAGAUGCGCGGAGUUGCAAAUUCCAAGUCUGUACCUCUUUUGACCACGCCGCAGUCCAUUCUAUUCGUCGAUUUGCAGCUGGCACCUGGGGAAAGUCGAGUGUUUGAGUAUUCAUUCAAACUUCCAAAGGGCCUACCUCCGUCUCACCGUGGGAAAGCUGUCAAGAUAUCUUAUAGCCUGGUUAUUGGCACACAAAGGGCUGGCGGUACCAAAGAGCAGCAGGUCAAAUCAGUCGAAGUCCCGUUUCGAGUUCUGGGAAGCGUCAAUAGCCAUGGUGAAAUUCUGGGCCAUGAUUUGAUGAACCCGUACAUCCUACUACAGGAUUUAGCCCAAGUCAAAAGUCCUUCGAGCAGUGAUAAGGAAAAGGCACCAAAGACCAACGGCGAUGGGGCAAAGGGACAGCAGUCAGCGCUGAAUGACUUUUUACUAUACGUGGACGACCUGGUACAUCGACCUCGAGAUGAAAGUGGUAGUAUCGUUCUUUCUCCAGGUGCCGGUAAUUCUAGGAGACCAUCGACAUACGAGGAAGCUAGUACCGCUCAGGAAGCUAUCCAUAUGGCAAUUAUGCGAAGCAAUAUGACUUCUGGUGGGCAACAGAGUCCAAACCGUUUCGAGAUUGCUCGCAACGGACAAAGAGUUGGCGUGGUGAUGCUUACGAGGCCUGCCUACCGACUGGGUGAAGUGGUCACGAUGGCGAUCGACUUUACAGAUGCGGAUAUUCCAUGUUACGCAGUGCAUACCACACUGGAAACGUCAGAGAAGGUAGACCCAUCUUUGGCGAUAAGAUCCGAGUCGAGUAUUCAUCGAGUGACACGAAAGGUUUACUCAUCCUCAUCUGAGGCAACGAUGUACUCACGACGGGUGACAUUCAAGCCGACAAUCCCAAUUACUGCGACUCCCGAGUUCGUAACCAGUGGAGUAAGCUUAGAGUGGAAGAUUCGUAUCGAGUUUGUGGUGCCCUCUACAGGAAGCGAUUCUCCAGAUGAGAGUGAGAGACGCGCACCUCAUCCACUACUUGAGCAGAUCUCACAAGAUGAGAAGGGAGGGACAGUGCUUGUGGCCGUUGAGAAUCUGAUAUGUGAGAGCUUUGAGAUUGCAGUACCCCUGCGAGUCUACGGAGCCGUUGGAACAGGAUUAGAGCGCCUUGAACGAGACGAGGCGUCUGAAGAAGGUCUCGCUGUAUGA